AUGUUCAAGAAAAAUGAAAUUUAUUCCGACGAACUUUCAAAUGAAAAUGAAACAAUUGAAUUGAUCAAUCCAUUAGGUGAAAAUAAGAAAUUUUCCACUGAAAGUCAAUUUACUCUUGAAGAAUUAUUAAUCAAAUCUCGUCAAUUAAAUUCUUCAAAAUCUUUUCGUUUAAUUGAUCAACAAAUUGAAACUUUACCAAAAAGAAUUUCUUCAUCAAUUGAAAGCGUGAAUCUGUCUGCAAAUUUAUUGAAUAAAAAUGAGAAAAUUCAAUGGAAAGAUUUAUCAAAACAAAUACAACAUUUGGAAUUAUCAGGAAAUUUUCUUGAUUCUCUUCAAGGAAUCGAAACUCGAUGUGAUAAAUUACAAAGUCUCGGCAUUUCUUUCAAUGAAAUUUCUUCAAUAAAUCAAAUAUUUUUCAAUGAAAAAUGGUCAAAUUUAUAUUCACUCGAUUUAAGUUAUAAUUUAUUAAAUAAUUUAUCUGAAACCAUUGAAUCUUUAUCAAAUCUGAAUCAAUUACGAAUUUUAUAUUUACAUGGAAAUCCAUUUUCAUUAAUAGUUGAUUAUCGUUUAUUCGUAAUUGAUUCUCUUCAUAAAUUACAUGUUCUUGAUGAUAUACCAAUAACAACUGAAGAAAGAUUUCGUGCCAGAACAUUUUCCAAUUGUAAUUCUCAUCCAAAAGAUUAUUCGAAAUUGACAAUAACAAUUUCUAAUUUAAUGAAUAUUCCUCAACCACCUAUUAAUCAAGAUGAAUGGCCUUUACAAGUUCAUCGAUUCAAAUUUCGUUUUCAAUGGUUUAAUGACGAAGAAGAAGAAAAGAAAGAAAUAAAUGUUCCAUUUGAUAAAUUUGCUGAUUUUAAUCGAUUUCAUUCAUCAUAUUUGGAAUUUCAACAUUCAGAUUAUAAACCAACAAUGGAAUUUUCACCCAAUUUUUUCAAUUUAACGAUUAAAUCUCUCGUUCAAUUUCGAGAUUUUCUUUUUCACGGAACCAAAUGUGAAUUUAUUCAUCAAUUAACAGAAUAUUGGCCACCUGGGGAACCAAAUGAUGAUAAAGCAUCGAAGAAGAAAUCCAAUCAAAAUUCUGACAAAAAAGUCGUUGAAUCUCCACCAAAGAAAAAACGAAAUGAAGAUUUAAAUAAAUUAGUUAUUCGAAAAGAUCCGAUUGAAACAAUUUUAACAGAAUUUCACGUUGAACUUCGUUCAUUUCUCGAUGGAGAUCAUCAAAUUUUAUUUCCUUAUAAAUGUUUUAUUCAACAAAAUCUUUAUCCAAUUAUCGAAAAAGAAAUUCUUCCAACAAAAUCCAAAAAAGAUUUGAAAAAAACUGAUUCAAUUAAAGAAAAAGCAAAAGAGAAAAGCAAAGAUAAAAUAAUGAAUAUAAAUGAAGAAAAUCCUCAACCAUUUCAAUGUUCAAUUCAUUUUAAACUUUUUCGUUUUGUUUCCGACGAAGAAUUAAUUUGA